CUACGGUGAGCAUUCGCACACGACUUGCCAUGUCACGCCAACAAUAGUGUUUCUAACUUCACACGCUAUUGUAGCUUAUUGACAUAAACAGUUCGUUCGUGUAGCCCCAGCAUUAUUAACGCCAUCUGUGGUACGAUCCUUUUGAAAAUAAAGUUGGCAACAUUGCACAAAACUUGACAUAUCUGAUUUUUGAAGACUGCUGAUUCUGUCUGUAGUCGGUGGUAGUGCAAAAAUGGCGACUCUUCUUCCCCGUCCUUUAGGUCUUGCCCAAACUCUUCUGUUUAAAAAUGGAAGUAAGUUAUUGGUUGCAUCUCUAAAUCACCCUAGUCAACAACAAGUCCGUAACUUGAAUGUCCAUGAGUACAUAAGCUACACAUUGUUGCGAGACCAUGGCAUUCCUGUACCCAAGUUCCAUGUGGCUACCACACCUGAAGAAGUUGUCAAGUUUGCCAAAGAACUCAAUACAAAAGACAUUGUGCUCAAAGCUCAGGUACUGGCUGGAGGCAGAGGAAAAGGUCACUUCAAAAGUGGCCUACAGGGUGGAGUCAAAAUGGUUGAUUCACCUGAAACUGCUGGCAAGUUAGCAAGCCAAAUGCUCAACCAAUACCUAGUAACGAAGCAAACUGGUGCUGCGGGUCGCAUCUGCAACAAAGUCAUGGUGACCGAGCGCAAAUUCCCACGCAGAGAGUUCUACAUCGCCAUUAUGAUGGAACGCAGCUUUAAUGGCCCUGUCAUUAUUGCAUCAUCUCAAGGUGGUGUUAACAUCGAGGAAGUCGCAGCCACGAACCCUGAAGCCAUCACCUAUGAACCAAUUGACAUCAAAACUGGUAUUCAAGAUGACCAGAUCACACGUGUUUUGAAAAAGAUUGGUUUGGAAACUGCAGAAGCACAUGAUAUGGUAAAAAAGAUGUAUGACCUCUUCCAGAAGAAAGAUGCACUUCUGAUUGAGGUGAACCCAUACGCUGAAGAUGCUAUUACUGGCCAAUUCUUCUGCUUGGAUGCUAAGUUCCGAUUCGACGACAAUGCAGAUUUCAGACAAAAAGAACUGUUCAGUUUGAGAGAUCUGACCCAGGAAGAUCCUAAGGAAGUCAAAGCUGCUAAACAUAACUUGAACUACAUUGCACUUGAUGGUACUAUUGGGUGCAUGGUGAAUGGCGCUGGAUUGGCCAUGGCUACAAUGGAUAUUAUCAAGUUACACGGUGGUGACCCCGCUAACUUCUUGGACGUCGGCGGUGGCGCUACUGCGCAAGCUGUAGCGGAAGCCUUCAAAAUCAUCCUGUUGGAUCCGAGUGUAACAGCUAUCUUGGUGAACAUUUUUGGAGGUAUCAUGAGGUGUGACGUUCUUGCUGAAGGUAUUGUGACGGCUGCCAAGAACCUUAACAUUCAACUGCCCAUCAUUGUCCGUCUCCAGGGUACAAAAGUCAAUGAGGCUAGAAAACUGAUAGCAGAAUCUGGACUACGUCUGGUGCCACGUGACGAUCUCGACGAAGCUGCCCAGCUUGUGGUACAGCUCGCUGAGAUUGUGUCUCUCGCCAAGAAAGCUGGAGUUGAGGUGAAAUUUGACAUCCCUAAGUAUAUGUUGGAGAAGUAAAAGUAAUGCAGUAUUUUCAUAAUCUUUACCAUUUCUAUCUAAUUGGUCAUCAUUGUUGUAUAACGUAAUCCAGUCUAUCUUGCUGUUUAUAAUAUGAUACAAAUGAUUGUAAUGCUUGGUAGUAGUCCAACCCACACUUUCAUUUGACCAGCUGUCACUCAUUAAUUGUGGCAUGUUACACAUCAUAUGAUCAUGUUAUCUUUUGAAAUGAUAAAGCAUGUUCCAGCCACAUAGAAGAUGUUUAUUGGCAACAACUUAUGCUUGUCUAUGGCCAGAAGAUGAUUGAGAAUAAUAUCCAAUCAGUCCUCAAUUAAAUAUAAACAAACUCAAAGUCUUACAACUCCAUUUCAGGAUAAUCAAAAAGUGUUAAUUAGUUACACUUGCAAAGUAGAAAUAUGUUAAACAAGCCAACAUAUGUAUAAACAUGCUGCAGUUAAUGUUACUCAUUUCACAGAACUGACACUGUAUGACAUAGUUGCAGUCUACCACCCAUGUUAAUAUGUAUAUUAGUUAUAUUUAUACAUGAACAAGAAUAUGCUGAAGUACUUUGUGAUAUCUACAUGUGAACUAUAUAGCACUUUAUUAACCCUAUCCAUAGAUUUUUACUGCACUUAAGAACAAACUCAUUUAUUCAACCAUUAUGUAGUUGAUAGUGAGUUACUGAUCAGAUUUGUCAUUUCGAACUGGUUGCAUUAUAGCCAAUUAGAUAAAUACAUGUAAUUCAUUGAUUUCUAUUUAUUAAACCACAUUUAGUAUAAGUGAAAAUGUUCGAUAUUACACACAUAAGAACUAUUGUUAUAAAAGCAUUGAUGUUGUAGUGAAGUGUUAAAAUGCUUCAAGUUGUUAUAAAAUUGUAAUUUGCUAUAAUUUUAUUAUCGCGAACGUAAAUCGAUCGAGAAAAGUAUUUUAAUUGCCUAGCUAUUAAUUUACGAUCAUUGUAUGUAUUGUUACUUUUAAGUACGCCUUUGUCAGUAGAAGGUAUAUGAGACGUGUAACGACGCAAUAAUUAGUAUUGUGUACUGUAUGUAUGUUUAUUUGUAAAUAGUUACUUAUUUUAAUUUACCAUGUUGAGGAUCUCCAUGGAGAUUUUUUCAAAUAGUAAAGUACAACAUGAUAUCAACAGUCAAAUCCAAAUAUGUAUGUUUAGUGUAUUACAGUAUAAAUAUUUAUUUUUGGCUUCUUUUGAAGGAUAAACUAAUUUAAUAAAUAUUAUUUUAGAUCUGUA